AUGUUUUUCCAAGCCAGUUCUUCUAUGAACACUUAUUCCAAAAUCAUCCGCAGAGUCUUUUUCUGCCUCGUAUUAUUCCAAGCGCCGCCGGUGAUCGCAUCCUUAAUCACAGGGACGGAGGCGAGCUGUGAGAAUGAAGGAGAAGUGUUACACAUCCCCAACAUCACUGACAACCCCUGUAUCUCCUGUGUCUGCCUGAACAACAAAGCAGACUGUAAGCAGGAGAAAUGCCCCCUAGUGGCAGAUGACUGCGCUCUGGUGGUUAAGCAGACCGGCGCCUGCUGUGAAAGAUGCAAAGGUUGUCAGCUGGAGGGUGUGACCUAUAAUAGCUCAUAUUCCUGGUCAUCUGCGAUUAAGCCAUGCAUCACACGUCGAUGCCAGGAAGGUGUUAUUACCGAGGCUGAAAUGCAGUGUGUGGUUCCAUGCAAGAAUCCCAAGAUCCAUCCCAAAAAAUGCUGCCCAUCCUGCCCAGGCUGUAUUUUUGAGGGUCGUCUGUAUAGAGAGAGAGAAGAAUUCCAACCUGAGGGAAAACCUUGCGUCAAAUGUACCUGCACUGGAAGCCGAACCAUGUGCCAUAGGGAGGUGUGUCCUGUUCUUUCUUGUCCAUCUUAUUUGAGCCAUACCCCUCCAGGCCAGUGUUGCCCCAGGUGUCUGGGUCAGAGAAAGGUGUUUGACCUGUCUCUGGGCAGCUGCUUGUUCCACAGCGAGGUCUAUGAGAACAGCACCUCCUUCAGCCUCGAUAACUGCACGACUUGUACAUGCCUGGACUCAACAGUGGUGUGUAAGAAACGUUGUUCUCCACCAGGGAGCUGCCAGAAUGGCGUUUGUCCCUGUCCCGAGUGUCUGUCCUACUUGAAGAUGGAGGACGUCAAAUACUGCAGAGUCAAGAACAAGAUCUACAGGGAUGGUGAUAGGUGGUCGUCUGUCAACUGCACCCUGUGUACCUGUGUAAAGGGAAACAUUGAGUGCCAGCCUAAACACUGCGUGCCAGUCACCAGCUGCCCUGCGAAUAAAAUACUGAACCGGACCGGCUGCUGCCCUGUCUGCACUGAAAAACCAGGAGUGUGCACAGUGUUUGGUGACCCCCACUACAAUACGUUCGACGGGCGCACCUUCAACUUUCAGGGCACGUGUCAGUACGUACUGACUAAGGACUGCUCAUCGACGGGAGGUUUUACCGUGCUGGUGAAGAACGAUGCCCGACGCACACGCUCCUUCUCCUGGACCAAGUCAGUGGAGCUACGCAUGCCGGGUCUCGUCGUGAGCCUACACCAGCACUUAACAGUUCGUCAGAAUGGCACACGCAUUGCCCUGCCCUUCCACAGCACCGGUGUCCACAUAGACCUCGACGGUUACCUGCUUAAACUCACCACCAUCAUAGGGCUGGAGAUCACAUGGGAUGGUGACAGUUUGGUGGAGGUGGUAGCAGCACCUCACCUAAAAGGUCGACUCUGUGGCCUGUGCGGCAAUUACAACGGUCACAGACGUGACGACACGGUGGCCAGCGACGGCCUGUUCAAGUUCGACGUUGACGAGUUCGCCGAGUCGUGGCGUGUGGAUGGAAACGAGAUGUGUGAGCAGCCGACCCGCAGACACACACCGUUUCUGUGUCCUGCAUCGGUGAAGGUGAAACUCCGCGCCCACCGUGCCUGCCACAAAAUUAAAUCCUGGGAGUUCCAGAAGUGCCACUCUGUUAUCGAAUUCACCUCAUUUUAUAGGUCGUGUGUUACGGACAUGUGUGAGUGCCCUGUGCAUAAGAACUGCUACUGUGAGUCGUUAAUUGCCUACAGUCGAGCCUGUGAGAGGGAGGGAGCUCCUGUGCUAUGGAGACCAGAACAGUCCUGUAUAACCACACAAUGUAAACACGGAGCUGUGUACGACACGUGCGGACCGGGCUGCACCAAAACCUGCGACAACUGGAACGAGAUCGGCCCAUGCCACAAACCCUGUGUGGCGGGCUGCCACUGUCCUGCCAACCUGGUCCUUUAUCAGGGACGCUGCAUCAAACCCAUGACCUGUCCUGGCCGGUGACCCUAAUGAUCACGACGUCUAGGCUGAGGGUGCUGAGAGGGCAACGACACUCACAGACAGCCAGGACAGUCUAAAAAAGGGCAUGUAGUGACCAUUCAUGACCGAACAUGCCUCAGGGAAACAAGA